UUCAAAUUUAAUUCCAUUUAUCAUCUGUCUUGUAGGAAGACAAAGCACCUUUAUCGCCAGUCAGCGAGCAAGCAAGGUAUAGCGGCCUGUUCCUUCAAGUCUUUCAAGGGACGUAAUCAGCAGCCAUGUGGACCACUGGAGUUUGCAUCGCCAUUGCCAUCACUGCUUUCCUUGUCGCCUACAUUCGAUUAGCCUUUCGCACCAGACGAAACAAUGAACCUCCGUAUGUGGCCGGGCAUUUUCUGUGGGGCAGUGGAGUGGAGUUUUCUCAGAAUGUCGUUCUCUUCUUGCACAAAUCUCAGAAGCAGCUGGGCGACAUCUUCACCUUCCGCGUCCUCAACAAGUACAUCACCAUCAUCAUGGACCCUCACUGUUACGAGGAUUUCAACAAAGAGAGGAAUUUCGAUUUUGCCCCGAUGGUGGCAAAGGUCAACCGAAACAUCUUCGGGUUUACGGUCAAAGACAGUUUCGGUUUGAUAACUUAUGCCAGCAAAACCGUUAAAGGCAAGCAUUUGAGAAGCAGCAUGAAGAUAUUCACAAGGAACUUGCAGGACUCUUUAGAAGAAUUAAUGAAGACCAACGACACCCACGCUUCAAACUGCAACGUGGAAGCUGACGGGAACACCAUCGACUGGAGCAGAGAAAGUCUUCGCACAAUGAUGUCAAAAACCCUAUUCACCGCCAUCUUCUACACAGCCUUCGGACACAGCGCGGAUCCCUCAGGAGAAGAAAAAGUGAAGGACUUCCAUCCGCAGGUGUUUGACAAAAACUUCCAAAACUUCCACAAGGUCUUCAACUACCUGUGGAUCGGUCUUCCGCGGAGGCUCUUUCCAAAGGCUGCCGAGUCGUACAACAUUAUGUGUCAGCUUCUCAACCAUCACGAACUAUUGCAGCGUAACGAGGUGUCCGACUUUGUCAAAUUCUCCAUCGAGUACAUGCUUCAAGUGGGAGAAAAGGAUGAGGACAUCAUGGGCCACACUCUGGUCUACCUGCACGUCCAGUACAAUACAGUUCGCCUCGCAUACUGGUGCGUGUACAAGAUGGUGGAGCAGCCCCGCGUGCUGAUGGACCUUGAGAUGGAACUCAGCAAAGCCAUUGAAGAGAAGCGCGAAGACGGCGAGGAAACAGUGGCCUUCACUUUGAAUGAGAUCAACAAACUCCCUCUUCUUGAUUCCUUCUUGAAAGAAACGUUGAGGAUGUAUGGUGGAGCAGUCAUGAUUCGGUACUGUACUGAUGAUACAGAGUUCAAGAUGCCCAACGGACAGAAAUACGCAGUUCGCAAGGGGAAUAUGGUGGCCAUGUACCCACCAACCACUCACAUGGACCCUGAAAUCUUCAAAGAUCCAGAGGCCUUCAAGCACGACCGCUUUGUGAACGCGACCUUCUACAAGUACGGCAAGGAGCUGAAGAACCCGUUGGCACCGUUUGGCUCGCUGUGCGUCGCCAGGCAGAUGGCGCCGCUGCAGGUGAAGUGGUUCCUGGUCAACCUCAUCAACUCCUUCUCCCUCGAACUGCCCGAGGGUGAGAAGACGGAGCCUAAGACGGAGUGCUACGGACACGAGAUCCUGCCACCAGUCAACGACGUGCAGGUUCACUUCCGGGUCAAAGAGGGCGCUCCGGUGCUGGCCUACAGCGACUAAAGCUACAAAGUCGUGGUCAAAACUGAGAUCUUAUUUCUAGAAAAAGCUCAGUUCUUGUGUUCUUGCUUAAAAUCAGGCUUUUAGAUGGGCAAAUCGAAUUUAAUCGUCUAAUCUUACUCACAGACCAAAGUGCUGGUCUCUCUUCCUCUAAUACUAGACAGCGCGUGCAGAUACGAGUUUAUCGCCGUUUAUCUCUUAUUUCAGGCUAGAACUCAUUUUGUUUUCUAUUUUAGACCCUAAUGCUCUUUUUCUUAUUUAAGGCUAGAACAGUGGAAGACUGGCACCUUUGGGUACUUUGAUUAAAGGAUAAAUAUUUGGGGAGGCUACUCUUUCUGCAUCGCUUUGUCUCAAAACUAAUGCCGCCAAUGGUAUACGAUAAAUCCUAUUUUGAUAAUUUCUGCCUUUUUAAUCAUCAUUAUUGUCGUAGUAGAUUUUGUAUGUAAUUUUUAUCAUCAUCGCGGUUACUGAAAAAAUAUGGAAAUUCUCUUUUUAAAAAAAUGCAUGCUCGAAAUACAAGUUUGGUUACAUUAACACACAUUCCUGCUAUAAACACGUCUUUGUCCUCAUUAAUACACAUUUGCAUACUAUAAAUACAACUUUUCAUGAACACAGAAAACAGCUUUGAGAGGAAUGCUCCAUGGUGUUCCUUCACAAACUUUUGCUAUUGUUCACAAUAUGUUCACUUCUCUUUAUUUUGUUAGGAUACCGGAUGGCUUUAACUUUACCGAGCCCAAUAUGCUCGGAACUUAUUUAUAUCUAAAACCGUAAUAAAGUUGUAAAUUAUUUUAUGGGUCAAAUACAUUUUUUUUUUUUUAAUUUUAAGUCGAAUUUUCUUUUGAAUAUAUUGAUUUAAGUAACCUUAGAAUGACUAACACAUGUUAUAACAUCAUUGUAUUAGAAUCUGCUUUUACUUAUUGAAAUGAUCAGAUUUCCAUUCUCUCAGUACUAAUAUCUUGUGAAAUUUAAGGAGUUUUAACAAACUAACCAGUAUCGCACUCAAGCAGAUUUAUUAAAGAGUUCUUAAAAUUA